GAAACUAGGAGCUAACUCCUCAACCCUAAUGAAUAAUUGCGUGUCCAAAAUUUACAAAAACUAUAAUUAUGCCUGGUUUCACUUCUGAACUGUUUUAGCUAAAUUAUGCUGUGCCUUAAUUGCUACCAGCCCACAAUCAAGGGUUCUGCUCCUUGUCAGUGACACCUGCUGAUUGAGUGUGACUACUGCAUUUAGCUGGGUUGCAAUGUGAAUCAACUGCCACUGUUCAAUGACCUAACCAGUGCAUAAAGAACAAACACUAAGGGCUGUGAAGCUGUACUUGAGCAGGAACCUGGUUUAUGGAAGAUUACAGAAAGGAACAGGAUAAACAAGACUAAGGGAAUCGUAUUUAAGUUGAGAAACUUUAAUUAGCAAUCAUUUCGUGCUCAAAGCUGAAUAAAAGCAGAUAUUACCAGAAGUAUUCUCUCUACUGGCAUGCUGGUUUUUCAAAAUGUCGUUUUGGAGGAAACUGCAGCCCACACAGUAACAGGGAGGACGUGCAAAUUCCACACAGACGGCUCCAGAGAUUACAAUUGAACUCAAGUCACUGAAACUGUGAGCUAUAAAUACAGAUCACAGAAUGUGCGUGGAAGCUCCAUAACAAAUUGCAAACAUGAUCCGAUGUGCCUUGGCUGCGCUGUUUAUCGCAACAGUCUACGGUUGUGGUAAUCCUGUACACCAACCCAUCCUCUCCAGAGUAGUGGGCGGUGAGAAUGCUAGACCCAACAGCUGGCCAUGGCAAGUCUCCCUCCAGGUGAACAGAGAAGGUCGCUGGGGUCACAUCUGUGGGGGAUCUCUCAUUGAUCCGAGAUGGGUUAUGACUGCAGCACAUUGCAUAAAUAACAAGUACACCUACAGAGUGGGUCUCGGCAAGCAGGUCCUCUCAGAAGAUGAAGCAGGCUCCGUCUACGUCCCGGUUGAGAAGAUGUUCGGUCACGAGAAGUUCAGCAUGAUCUUUGCUGCCAAUGGUUAUGAUAUUGGUCUUAUCAAACUUGCUGAACCAGUGGUCCUGACCGACAAAAUUGAAUUGGGAUGUAUCCCUGCUGCUGGCACUAUUCUUCCCAAUAACUACAGCUGUUAUAUCACUGGCUGGGGAUUGCUGAAGGGUGGUGGUAGUGCUGUAUCCAAUGUCUUGCAACAAGCUUUCCUGCCUGUCGUGGACUACGCCACUUGUUCCAAGCCCUCCUGGUGGUGGUUUACGGUAAAGGAGUCAAUGGUGUGUGCCGGUGGCGAUGGAGUUGUCUCUGGAUGCAACGGAGAUUCUGGAGGCCCCUUGAACUGCCAAAAUGACGCAGGUACCUGGGAGGUGCACGGAAUCGUCAGCUUUGGAUCGUCCCUCUGUAGUCAAAAGAACAAGCCAACUGUCUUCACCCGUGUGUCUGCCUACAAUGAAUGGCUAACUGAGAAAAUGAUGAACAACUAACGUGAUUUACUCAAAGAUUGAGAAGAUUACAACCAUCUGCAAAACAAAAAUAAAUAAGUGUACGCA